AUGUCAAUCGCACACCCCUUCGACCCCUUCACACCCGGGGAAAUCGCAAAGGCUGCGCAAAUUGUGCGCAAAGCCUUGCCAGGGAAAUCUCCCAAUUUCCGAGUUAUCACCCUGCAAGAGCCGCGCAAGAGUGAAAUGAUCCCCUUCCUGGAGAAGGAACAUCUCGGCCAUUCCCAGAUCUCCCGACCUGCGCGAACAGCACGCGUGCAAGUGACCAUCCGUGGUGAUUCAGGGUUGAUUGAAAUGGUCGAGCUCUUCGUCAAUCUGGACUCUGCAUCGGUUGUCAAGGAAGAGCACCUAGCGGGCAAACACCCCUACAUCGACUCUGCUUACAUGCAAGCGGCGGAGAAAGCGUGCAGGGCCGACCCGCGAGUCCGGGCGGAGAUUGAAAAACUGAAGCUUCCUCCUGGUGCUGAGUUUGUCGUUGAGCCGUGGGCGUAUGCUACUGAUGGGAUGAAUGACAUGACCGAGCGUACGACGAUGUGUUACUUCUAUAUGCGCCUUUUAGAUCACCCAGACGCCAACUACUACGCUUACCCGCUUGACCUCUGCGCAGAAGUAUCCGAGCAACUGCAGGUCACCAAGAUCUACCAUAUGCCUUCUUCCGAAAGCGAGAAAACUCGCCAAGAUGCUCGACCAUACGAUCACGGUAAGGUCCACCCGAGAGAGAUGAGCGAGUAUCAUCCUGAUCUCCGACCUUCACCACGCACGACCACGAAGCCCUACCAAGUCAUCCAGCCCGAGGGACCCUCGUUCAAAACAGAGGGCAAUCUCUUGAGCUGGGAGAAGUGGACCAUGCGUGUCGGUUUCAACUACCGCGAGGGACUAACCCUCCACGACAUUCGCUACGACAACAAAAGCCUUUUCUAUCGUCUCUCUCUAUCUGAGAUGUUCGUUCCCUACGGCGAUCCACGAUCUCCAUAUCCCAGGAAGGGAGCCUUCGAUCUGGGCAACGACGGCGCAGGCAUCAACGCCAAUAAUCUGCAACUAGGCUGCGACUGCCUCGGCACGAUCAAGUACUUCGACGGCUGGCAUAACACCUCUUCCGGUGAACCAGUGAAACUACCUAAUGUCGUCUGUUGCCACGAGCAAGACGACGGCAUCCUAUGGAAACACACGAACCACCGCACCCAGAACGCCGUGGUGACCCGUUCGCGCAUUCUAGUCCUGCAGACCAUCAUCACAGUCAGCAACUACGAGUACAUCUUCGCCUUCCACUUCGGCCAAGACGCAUCGGUCCACUACGAAGUCCGCGCAACCGGCAUCCUUUCCACAUGCCCCAUAAAUCUAGACGACAAAGUCAGCUAUGGCACCAUCGUCGCACCAGGUGUACUCGCCCCAUACCACCAACACCUCUUCUCACUCCGCAUCGACCCAGCCAUCGAAGGCACGGCCAACUCCCUCCAAGUGGAAGAAUCUCACCCCAUGCCCAUCGACGACCAAAACCCCUUCGGAGUGGGCUACACCACACGUUCCAAAAUCAUAGACCAAGAAGGAGGCCUAGACCUCGACUUCGCCACGAACCGCUCGUUCAAGAUCAUCAAUGAGAACAAGAUCAACCCGAUCACACGCACGCCUGUCGGAUUCAAGCUGUCCCCGUACUACAGUCAAUUGCUCCUCGCACACCCGAGCUCAUACCACGCGAAACGCUCCGAGUUCGGCUCCCAUGCCGUUUGGGUUACGCGAUACGAAGACGACGAGCUCUUCCCAGCAGGGAGACAUACGAUGCAAUCUCUCGGCGGGGAGGGGAUCAGUUCUGCGAUUGAGCAGCGCAGGAAGAACGGGAACUCGAGUGUACGGAAUGAGGAUAUCGUUGUUUGGCAUACGUUUGGAUCGACGCAUAACCCGCGCAUCGAGGAUUGGCCGGUUAUGCCGUCGGAGAAGAUGGUUGUGGGGUUGAAGCCGGUCAAUUUCUUUUCUGGGAAUCCCGGGUUGGAUGUGGCUGUUUCGACGCAGGAGAGGAAUCGCAGUGUUUUGGUGGAGAAUGGGGCUGGGCAUGGGUCUGGGUCUGGUUCAAAAGCUUCUUGUCGGUUGUAG